UUCCGCCAUGGAAGGCGGUUGAAGCUCUAACCUAUGAACUUGGGGAAGGAGUCGAAAAGAUUUUCUUAUACUACUGUUCAAUCUUUAAUUUCCUUUCUACUGCAAAGUUAAAAAGAUUCCAAAUUUUUGCGUGAAUCAUCAUCAUUGUCAUUGGAACAGAACCGGAGAAAGAGAAACUGAAACUUGAAGUAGUAAUAAAGAAAUCCAAGUCGCCGGGGGAAAGAAUGGAUCAGACGGCGGAGGAGAAGAUGGUGAGAGAGAGAAUUAGAAAGAGAGUUAACGAAGUCAGUUCUGUGUCUCAGUCUCUUCUUUCUCCAGUUCAAGACCACAUCAAUUUCACCCUUCAAAAGGCAUACUUCAAAUGUGCAUAUGAGUGCUUUGAUAGGACAAGAACACACUCUGAGAUUAGUCGAUGUGCAGAGAGUUGCAGUGUUCCAAUCACCAAUGCGCAGAACCACUUUGAUAACGAGAUGUCUGUGUUCCAAGAGAGGUUGAAUAGAUCUCUUGUGGUUUGUCAAGACAAGUUUGAGGCUGCUAAGCUCCAGAAGACUAGAACUGAAGCUGUAAAUGGUUUGGAGCAGUGUGUGAACCAAACUGUUGAUGAAGCUGUGAAGACUCUGCCUAAUCUCGUGGAAAGAAUGAAGAAAGCUUUGUCAAUCACAGACCUAUCUCCUCCGUAACUAUAUUAUAAUAGCGACUCUUUCUGAUUCUUAGAAAUUAAAUUUUAUUUGAUCUCCAAUAAACUCGAAUACAUUCCUAUCAAACAGAGAAGUGAAAUUAUUGGUUGACAAAGCUUUCUUCAUUAGC